AUGGACGCGUUCACGGGAUCCAUGGGGAGCUCUGAUCCGCCUCCGACGCCGCCCAAGGCUCCCCCGCGGUACAGACCCGGCCCUUGGAAGCACAACUCGAGGGUCGCGCUCGCUCUGAUCCCUUCGAUCGUCGUGGUCGUGAGCGACGGCGGGAGGCUGAUGAUGGGGACGCUCGUGGUGGGUUUGAUGGUCGUGUACAUCCUGGACGUGCUCAAGAUGGCCGAGGCGGCGCUCAUCUCGCUGUGGUGCACGCUCGUGGGCGUAUACCUCGCCAUGCUCGUCGCCACCGAUCUCUUCACGCCCGCGAGAUCGCCCCUCGCGUCCAUCGCGCUGCUCAUCUCCAACUGCCUCUGCCUGUUCCUAGCCGGGCUCUGGGCCACGCUGCAGUUCCGGUGGGUCCAGACCGGGUUCCCGGGCGUCGCGCUGGCGUGCGAACGCGCACUAUUCGCCGCGAUACCCCCCGUGUGCGGCGCCAUCUGCGCGUGGACGGCCAUCGCGUCGGUGGGCGCGGGCCACGCGCCCUUCUACGCCGCCGCCGCCUUUGCGUGGCUCUACAAGACCUUCUCGUUCCCCACGCCGAGCUCGUUUCGCGGCCCGCCAUCGCGGCCUCGUUCGGCGGAUACCGGUAGAGACGCGGGAGUAUCCACGGGUAGAGACGCGCUCGUGCUCGGCGCCGGCGAGGCCGCCGCGCAUUGCGCCAUGACGUGCUUCGCCCCGGCGUGCGCGUACGCGGCGGCGCAUUCGCCCGCGAUGGACCCGCGGUAUCUCUUCGGGUUGGGAUCUCACUCGAGUACAAACUUGGUCCACGUCGCGAACGCGUUCGAGCACGCCUGCUCCGUCGCGCUGCUGCUGUCGUUCCCCGUGCUGUUCCUGUGCGUCUACGCGGAGCGGGGGGCGCUGUGGUGGGCGCUCGGCGAUUCGAGUUUAAAAAGUGUCGAUUCGAGUCGAGGGAAGACGACGCGAGCCGUCGUCGCCGCCGUCGCGCUCGUGCUGUUCACGGGCGGUCUCGAGGGCGUCGUGCUGUUCCGCGGGUUCGGGGAGUACGUCAGGUUACCGGGGGUGCCCGGCGUCGUCGCGGUCACCGCCGCGGUGUACGGCGGGCUGUUGGCCGCGGUGGCGGCGCUGUCGGGGUCGGUUGGGAGCAAAAACGGGGUGCCGAGCGAGAUCUACCAGGCGGCGCUGGUGACGGCGGGGUGCGCCGCGGCGCUGGCGACGGGGGCGCCGCCGUGGAUGCUCCCGUUCGCGGCGAUCGGUUCCAUCGGCGCGUCUAGGUUUUACCUCCGCGGCGGCGCGGUGGACCUCGCCAUGUUCGCGGGCGGCGUCGGGGCGUGCGGCGCGUGGUUCCUUCACUCAAACUUUUGGGGCCUCGACGUGAACAUCGACGGCUUGCCCCUCGCGGAGCUGUGCCAGCUGCUGUUCCUGUCGCUGUGCGCCUCCGCGCUCGCUCCGGGCUUGGCGCGAUUCAACGUUCACCCGUCGUCUCUCGGUUUGCUCGUGUGCCUCCACGCGAUGGUGUUUGCCAGGUGCGAGGACGCGCUCCACUCGGAGGCGCUCGAAGACGGCGAGCCCAUGUACCCAGCGUACCUCGUGCUCGCGACGUCCGCGCUGGGCGUAUGGCUCGCGGGUUCGCUGGAGCGUACGGGCAAGGUGACUGCGGCCACGGCGUGGAUGGCGCGGUGCGUGUACGUCGGUAAGCUGGCGCUGGUGAUGCUGCCGGGGUCGAGGGCAUUGGUUCCCUGCGUCCUCGUGGGCAUGGCGGCGACGGCGCCGUUCGCGUUUGACUCGUCCAACGUCGGAUCGCCAAUGACGGGGAGUGGGCGGCGGGCGCGAAUGUCCGUCGCGAGGGGUUUGGCGCACGUGUUGUCUCUCGGGUUGGCGAUGGUCCACGCGAGGUUCGCCGUGUUUGACGUCGUUUUCGCCGUCACCGGCCACCGGCCCUCCGACGCGACGCUCUUCGGAGGGCUCCUUUUAUUCGCCGGCGCCGGGUCGACUCCGCUCGUGAGACGACACUUCUCUCACCUCCCCGCCGCGAGACGCGGCCUCGCGCUCGUCGUCACCGCGGGCGGCGCGCUGGUGUCGCUGAGGCCGCCGAUGCCGUGGAAGGGCGAGAUUGGUUUCUGGUACGACGCGGACCAUGUUCCGGACACGGAGCCCGACGACGUCGACAUCUACGGCGACAGGCGCGACGCGAGCGGGCGCGGGUACAGCGCCUGGCUGCUCAUCGCCACCGUCCUACUCGGCGUGUUCGUGGCGUCCGCGCCCAAGCCCAGGAGGGGCGCGACGGGAACCCACGCGACGCCCGCGCCGCUUCGGGCGAUGCUAUCCGCCGCGGCUGGCGCCUCGCUCGGGCUGUACCUGUCCGUGGAGUACUUCCCGAGCUUCCGGGGUGAUUCCGUCGUGACCGUCAGCCUGUGCGCGGCGUGCGCGCUGUGCGCCGUCUUCCUCGCGUUCACGUACGUUCCAUCCGCGUCGUCCCCGGCGGUGAUGCCGCACGUGUUCGCGGCGUAUCUGGUUUGCCUCGGGGUGGCGUUCUGGACCCAAAGGGAGGAGGAUGGGGAAUUCGACGGACCGGGCGCCGGGUCGCGGGGGCGGGAGGCCCGGAUCGGCCUCGUGGGCGUCACCGCGGGUCUCACCGCGCAGAUGGCGUUCGCGCUGAAGCUCAAGGUGGCGGCGGUGUCCGCGAACCCGGGAGCUGCGCGUGCGGCGCGCGCGGGUGGGGCGCGGGGUCACGCGGGGACGAUGAGGGACGCGAGGUCGCGCUUCCAGCCGUUUUCCGGUCGGUCGCCGGCUAGGUUCAAGUCGGCCGGGGGCGCGCUGGCGCAACGCGCGUUGCGCGCCAUGCGCGUCGGGUGGAUGCCCGUCGUGGGUAACAUCUCCACGUUCAUCACGUUCGCGUCGGCGACCGUGUUGGCGACGUGGUCGCGUCCCGAUUCGUGCUUCACCGUCUUCGCCGUCGCGCCGAUCCUGCUCCUACUCCACGAGGACGAGCUGCUCUUCGACUCGCUGUCGGGGACGCAGCGGUACGUGCCCCCGAUGGCCGCGAUCGUGAUAUCUCUCGCGUACAACGCGGUGGCGGACGCGCUCGACGGUCCGCCCACCCCGCACGCGGCGUUGGCCGUGGGUGGGGAUCUCGCGUGGACGAUCAAGAACGUUUUAUGCGUCUUGGCGGCGACGCCAAACGCCUGGUUUCUCGCCGAGUACCUGUGGAGUUACCACGCGACGAGCGGGCUGGCGAUGGCGACGGCGGCGCCGCUGAACGUGCUCGUGGCGACAAUUGGGGACGUGUUUGCGGCGAGGGUGCUGGCGUGCGUGUCGUUGGUCAGCGCGAUCGCGCAGUGGGGCACGCAGCGCGCAGUUCGGGUGGCGGGUUUGAAGGCGCUGUGA